CCGUGGCCCGCGCAGCCCGGCCACCGCCGGCCGUCGAGCAGCCCGGGGGCGAGGCGGGACAUGCCGGGGCGAUGUCGGUAGCGGCGGGGCCGGGGGCCGGGGGCCCGCUGGAGGUGCUGGUGCGGGACCGGUGGCACCCGGUACACGUGCACUUGGAUCGGGACGCCCUGGUCCUGAGCGGCGGCGGCGGCGCGGCCGAGGGGGGCCCGGGGGGCGCGGACGCCCCCGGCCCCGGGGUGCGCACCGCCUUCACCGACCUGCCCGACCAGGUGCCCGAGGCCGUGGGCAGCCAGAAGCGCGCCGUGACCGUGCAGAAGGCGGAGACGGGCGGGCUGGGCAUCAGCAUCAAGGGCGGGCGGGAGAACCGGAUGCCCAUCCUCAUCAGCAAGAUCUUCAGGGGCCUGGCGGCCGACCGCACCCGCGCCCUCUACGUGGGCGAUGCCAUCCUGGCCGUCGACGGCGCCGACCUGCGCGACGCCACCCACGACGAGGCGGUGCAGGCGCUCAAGCGCGCCGGUGGGGAGGUGCUGCUCGAAGUGAAGUACAUGCGUGAGGCCACGCCCUAUGUGCGGAAAGGUUCGCCGGUGUCUGAAAUUGGGUGGGAGACACCCCCGCCGGACUCGCCGCGGUUAGGAAACGCCACUUCCGACCCCCCGAGCCCGCUACCCACUGCCCUCCAAGGAGACCAGAAGACCAUCCCUCUCCGGAUGUGCUAUGUGACUCGGAACGUGGCCCUGCCGGACCCUGAGAACAGGCAGCUGGAGAUCCGCUCUCCGGACGGACGGCACAGUGUGACCCUGCGGGCCCCGGACUCAGCCUCGGCCCAGGCGUGGUUCAGCACCAUCCACGCCAGUGCCAGCAGCCUGAUCCCCAAGGUGGCCGCAGAGGUCCAGGAGCAGCUGGGCAAGAUGGGCGUCGUGGGGGGCCAGGAGAUCCGCCACCUUGGCUGGCUGGCAGUCAAGGCGCCAGGAGACGAGGAGAAGCCGUGGAAGCCGGCCCUCGUCGUUCUCACCGAGAAGGACCUGCUGCUGUUCCAGAGCAUGCCGCGGAUCAAGGAGGCCUGGCUCAGCCCGGUCCACACGUGCCCACUGCUGGCCACCAGGCUGGUGCACUCGGGCCCCGGGAAGGGGUCUCCACAGGCUGGCGUGGAUUUGACUUUCACUACUCGGACUGGGACCAGACAAGGCAUCGAGACCCACCUGUUUCGGGCGGAGAGCAGCCAGGACCUGUCCCAGUGGACAAGGAACAUAGUGCAAGGUUGCCACCACGCCGCCCAACUCAUUUCACAAGUCACCACCCCUUGCACAUACAAAAACCAGGAGUGCCGCCUCACCAUCCACUAUGAGAACGGAUUCUCUCUCACGGCUGAGCCACGGGACGGAGCCUUCCCCAAGACUAUCAUACAGUCGCCCUACGAGAAACUGAAGACGUCAUCGGACGACGGAAUCCGGAUGCUCUACUUAGACUUUGGGGGAAAGGAUGGUGAGAUGCAACUGGACCUGCAUUCUUGUCCGAAACCAAUAGUUUUCAUCAUUCACUCCUUCCUCUCGGCUAAGAUUACAAGACUCGGUCUGGUAUCCUGAAACGUACUGACAACUUACCAAGAGCCGGACAAUGUAGAAGCAGCAUUGGAUGUCGCCACCUCUGGCAGGGAGGAGCGGAGUGGGUUUCAGGGAGUUUUGGUGAGUUUGGGCGGUCCUCUAAACAAACUGCUCUCAUUUUGUAAAGGAAGGGGUCGAGUAGGACAAGUACCAAAGGAAUUUCAGAAAGGGCUCAACUUUCAUCAAAAAGGAAAAGGGAUGGAUCCUUUGAGUCACAAGAGGCAACCGAUACUGUACAUAUUGAUUUUAAAAGCCCCCAAAUUCUAACCAUGCUGUCUUUUUCCUUGUGGGGCAAGUCUUAAGAAGUACGAUUGUGCCUAGUUCCACGUUCCGGUUUUUAGGGAAUAAGGGCUAAACAACUGAAGGCUGAGUGUUUAUCGCAUUGGAAUUUUAACCACCCAGUGACUAAAUUGCGUCUCAAGAUAAACAUUUUUCAUAUAGAUAUCAUUUUUAGAAGCUAGAUCAGGGAUCGAGUUCUGGCUUUUCCUGUAAUAUUAAGAUAUUUUAUGUGAAGGAAUGUUAACAAAAAGAAAAUCAGGUCGAUCUAGCAGCAUCUGAGUCAGGGU